AUGAGUGAGCCGGGACCGAGUGUAUUUAAACCGGAUCCGCGAUACGUUCGGUCAUGGAAGUGCCAAGUGUCUGUGGGAGAGUUAUACCGAUGGAUUCUCGCCAAGCUUUCAGACAAAGAUAUUAAACGCGCUCUGCACAAAUAUCGUGACCUGAUGCCCAGACAAUCGGACUGGAAUAGAAAAUUAACACAAGCGACAAGUGUUCCGGAACUGGGUUUCCGUUAUCUCUAUCGUUGUGGCCAAAUUGAUGAGAGUAAUCAUCGAACUAUGCAAAAAAUGCUAAAAUAUAUCGAUCGCCAAGAUGUGUUGCCAUAUUUUGACACCAUAUUGUACAACACCAACUGCGCCAACUAUUCCCUGGAUGAACUGAAAAAAGUACUUCUUGAUAGAGUGAACCUCUUCUUGGAACUGUCUUCUUGUCUUACCGAAGAUGAGGUACAUCCGGAUCCCCCGUAUGUGAUUCGUCAAUGCCAACCUGUGGAUCCGCAACGGGUAACUAGAUCCCGUUCUAAGCGCAAAUCAGAUACGGCUAUUGCACACUGUUCUUCGUUUGCGAAACGCAUGCGUUUGAGCCUACCGGAUUCUACGUCAUCGAUUUCUUCGCCAGACUCGAACUUACAAGACACAGAGCGUGCAGCUAUUCAGUGCUGUCUGAGAGCACGUUCGGCUAUCGUUGCUAGUGCCCUAAGCGGUCCCGUUAUUCAUACGAUUCUGUCUACCUCGUUGAUGAGUAUGCUUACCGCUCUUCGUGCUCCACUUACCCAGGCUUUGGACUUGAGCUCAUUCUCCUCAACCGCACGCGGUUCAGACCCCCUAGCCGGACUACCGAAUCUUCUUCCUCCUCCGUCCCGCCUUCUGGCCUCCAUGCCACAGCUACUGGCAUUGGCAGGUGCCAAUCCCAUCCCCGGAAUAUUAAACUUUCAAGUUCCGGGACCUUUGCGACUUUACCAACCACACGCUCAGCGAGGUCGCCAGAAUCCACGUUUUGUCGCCCCAUUCAUACCCCAAAACCAAGCUCAUCACCCUCACCAGAAUGUAAAUGCUGCUGCAGUGAUGGCGCACGCAAAUCGACCGGGUGUGAUGGUUCCGGCGUUCGGGCCAAUUCAACCCAAUUUUCGUCCUCAUCAACCUCCCGCUGCUGAUCUGACAUAUAUUUUCUACGAUCUAGGUGUUAUGUCAGGAUUUCGUAUCGAUACAGGCAUCAUGCGCACUGUUCGUUCGGAACGUCCCGAAUUGUUUGAUCAACAACUGGAUCGUUUUAUCCACGCGUCAACCUUGCUUCGGUCUCGGUCACCCGGUGACUUUAUUUGUCAUUUACGUUUUAAUCAGCUGAGCCACUUGGAAGCAUUUUGGAGGGAUUAUCAAUCUGGCACAUUAAAACGGGUGUUAAAAGAUAUGCUCACUGCACCAGCUUCUCGAAGUUUCGUUGGACAACUAUCCAGUUCUGCUGCGUCUUCUAGUGGGGGCAGGCAUGUCAAUCCGGCUCCAGCACCGAACGUAGAACCCGGUGGAAAUCAGGCCAAUGCGGCUGCAGCAGCAGCGGCUGCUGCCGCGGCCGCGGCUGCCGCUGCAGCUGCGGCGGCUGCACUGGCUUGGAUGCNCGUGCGACCGUUUGUGCCGCCUAAUGAUUUCGCAGCAGCAGCUGCUGCGGCUGCCGGUGCGGCAAACCCGCAACAAGUGAACGCUGCCGCUCCGUGGAUGUUUCCAGAAGCCAUGGCAGCAGUUGCAGCGGCUGCGGCUUGGCCGGAUCCACGGAACGUCAGACCUGUGGGCGCGGGCGCGGACGCGGAGUUGUUGCAAGCAGCUGCAGCAGCCGCUGCCAGUGCUGCGGCUGCGGCCAACUCAAGUACAAAUGGGAAUGAAAUUGGAUCCAGUCCCACGGAUGUCGAACGAUCUCCCAUUGAGCUACUCGGUGCGGUGAUAGCAAAAAUCCGUCAACGAGAAUUCGGUCUCGCAACCGGUACAGGAGAACGACAGUUUCCUCCAGAUUUUGACCUGAACGUUUUCGUUUCGCGCCGUGAAUACGAGAAUGGUCGAUGCCUCUUGAUGCGUAAUUUACGCAGUAUUCCCAGUAUCUAUCGUCUGGUAAUGGCAUCAUCGUUUCUGCCGUCUAAUGCACUCAUAACUGAAAGUUUGGAUCACGAUGGGUCUGUUAUCUCAGAAGCACCUCUGGGUUCUGGUGGAUCCCUUUCAAGACCGGACGCAAAUGGUGCGUCCGUUCCUCAUGUGAUAAAUGUAUAA